AUGCCGGCAGCUCAAACAGGCAGUGUGAGUCUAGAGGAUGCGGAGAAUGUUGAACAAGCCGCGCGCGUUCUACGCUCGGAGGACACUCGAAAGCAAAAUACGGCAGCUCAAAAUUGGCCUGAUCGUUUGAAGAAGGCCAGAAAAAAUCCGAAAUAG